ACAACAUUGAGCUCUAUGAUUCAACAUAAAGCAACUUACUAAAAUGUUGGAUUUCUCGUCCCCGCCCCCUCCCGUGUCCUGGGCCCGCCCCCUUGGCCAUCUCCUCGCCUCUCCCCUCCCAAACGUCGGUCUUCGCCCCCACCCUGCGCGCCCAUAAGUUUUGCAGCCUCCGAGACAUGGUUUCUCCCGCGGCCGCGUCUCUUCUCCCAUGCGCCCUGCUUCUCCUUCUGCGCUCCGGUUUGGGGGUCUCUACCCCGCCCAAUGAGGAGGGGGAGGAUGUUGAGAGGACGGGGAGCCCUGCCGGACCGCGGGAGGAGUUUCCAACCGUGGUGUUAGCUAUUCUGGCUCGCAACUCCCAGCACUCUCUGCCCCAUUACCUGGGGGCCCUGGAGCUCAUGGAUUACCCCAAAGAGCGCAUCUCCAUCUGGUAAGGGGCGCAGCAACUUUAAGUUGCGCUGAGCUGACUGGGGUGGGGUGGGGAGGCGGCGGCAAGCGGGGACAGGAUGGAGUUUUGGGGGUUCCCCCUUCCCAGCCCAAUUUGGGAUUGGUUCGAGACGCCCUAGAAAAGUGUUUAUGAGCGUGAGGGUUAGUUGUGGGGGGAACCUAAUUAAUUUUGGGUGGUGGUAGGUAUCGCCAGUUGUAGUGUUAGUGAAGGUUUGUAGGGGCUUGAACCUUGGGCAGGCCGUGCAAAGGUGUGCCUCAGGACCUCAGGUUGGGGGUUACGUGGGGGGAGGGUGCAUAGCUGUCAACUUUUCCCUUUUCUUGCGAGGAACCCUAUUCGGAAUAAGGAAAUUUCCCUUUAAAAAAGGAAAACGUUGGCAGCUAUAGGAGGGUGUCUAGGGAGGAGCAGGUCCUCAGAGGCUGCCGCCGUGCAGGGCAUAGUUUUGGAGUGUAUAGGGGAGCGUGAUUUGGGGCGAGCCCUGAAUACUUCUGGUGUCUAGUGUGGGGGCACAGGAGCAUGUACAUUUCUGGAAGUCUUCUUUGGGGUGCCUGAACAAGGAGUGCUGAGUUUUGCACAGUAUCUGGACUGUCUCCUAGAGUGUUAGUUUGUUGUUGCUGCUACUUGUGUUGACGUGUUGUUGUUGUUUUCGCAGGGCCAGCUGCCCAUUUUCAGGGCUGACCUGGCCAUGAUCCUUCCAGACCCAAUGGGAUCUAAUGGAGCUGUUGUUGUGUUGAUCAGAGGUGAGGAACAUGUAGCAUAGCUGUCAACUUCUCCCUUUUCUUGCGAGGAAUCCUAUUCAGAAUAAGGGAAUUUCCCUUAAAAAAAGGGAAACAUUGACAGCUAUGGCAUGUAGCCCUCCAGUUGCUGAGGCCUCCAACAUCUGAAAGGCUACAUAGAUGUUACUCCUAUGAUGCAGAUCAGUGGGGAGAGCUGGUGCCCUCUUGGAAGACCUCAUUUUAUAGAGGUGGGCACUGAUGAGGUCAGGAAAUUGUUGCCGAAUGCAUCCCCCAAUACAUGUUUUUUCUUUAAUGUACCUCCUCCCUCUUUGAGGAGGGAAACCUCCCGUUGGAAGGAACAAAAGUUCUAGAAGUUUUUUGUGUACAUAUAAGCCCUCUCUAAGGAUACACAGGGGUGGUUGUAAUCAAAAGUGUUUGUAAUGCUUUGGGCUAUGUUGACAUGCUAGGACAGGGACAGGGUUCCUGUAGCCUUCCAGAUGCUGCUGAACUCCAGCUCCCAUAAGCCCUUGCUACUGUGGCCAGGGAUGGUGGGAGUUGUAGGCCAGCAACAUCCAGGUGACCACAGUUUCCUCAUCCCCGGGCUAGCAUGGCAAGUUUUUUAGUUACACUGGAGCUUCGGGAGAAAGAGCGGCAGGAACCACACCAACAUUUUAGGGUGGAGGCUUCUGUGGCAGGAAUAAGAAACCUGUGGUCCUCUGGGUGCGGUUGGACUCCAGUUCCCAUGAGUUCCUGCUAGCAUGGCCAGUGGGCGGAGCUAUGAUGGGAGUCUGCAUCCAUCGUAAUACCUGCAAGGCUACACAUUUGGGAAGGCUGGGGAUCCUAAGAGGGGUAGCAGAUCCUGAGGAGUGGCUGCUUCCCUUCACCUCUACCUCAGGGGUGGGGUAAACAGAUAAACAAAUGGAACAAAAUGUAGCAUGACCACUGCUCCAUAAAGGCUGAAAGCAGCUAUAAUGAAUUACAGAGGAUCGUUAAGACACAUAGCAUGGAAGAUUUGGAAGUCUCUCCAAAUAUGUCUCUGUGUCUGUGGUGGUCUUUAGGCUUUAUAACUUUAAAAAGUACGUUUCUAGUCUCUAGUCCUUAUGGAGGCUACAGAAAGCUGUUUCAGCAGUGCAUGCUGGCACUUGGUUGAACAUGAAAACUUGCCUUUGGCCAGCAAGUGUGACUUUUCUUACUGUUUCUGUCUCUUCUCACGGUGUUCCUGCCUAUUCUGGUCUAAUUUUUCCUUGGUCACUUACAGUUGGCAUGUCAGUUUUUUCUGCCAGCCAGGUAGUCCAUAUCCAUGCAGACCAUGAGUCAAGUGACAGGCAGGUCUCCUGUUUUCCAACUCCUAGCUAUUCCUUGUGGCCCUCUGGCUUUUGUAGGACUCCAGCUCUUCCCUCCAACCCCAAAAGCCUGCAUGGCCAAGCGCCAGGGAUGAUGGCAGCUGUAGUCCAACAACAUCUGGAAGGUCACAUGUCCCCCACCCCACCCCUCUUGAAUGGCAUCCAGAGAGCCCUCUGUGUUGCCUGCCUUUUUAUUUCCCACCCCCUACUGCCCCAUUUCCCUAACCUUGCUGGGACUGCUCCGCUCCAGCCUCCCACCCCAUGUUUCAGUACUCUGCAGAGACAACACAAUUCCCUCCCUUUCUGUUCCAAAGCUUCUCCGCCUCAGGCGUGUUUUAUAGCCUAUUCUACGAUCUUGUAGGAAACCUUACCCUGGUAGUAUAAAUCUUCUUUUUUAAGAGCUCAUGAGCUGUUUUCCAUCUGCUGUCUCUGUUAAACUGAUGCACAAACCUCUUAAUGAUGUCUCAGUCCAGUUCGGGAGAGACGGCAUCUUAGACCUGCAAUUUAAUCUGCUAUAUAUUAGCAUCUGUUCUUUCUUUUAAACCAAGUUAAUUUUCCUCGAGUUUCGUUCUUGGACCUGUGGCUCUUGGCUUGUUCAACACUGCUGGAGGGAGUCUGUGUGGCAGGGCAGAGAGAACUCCCUUUCUGGGAUUCCUGUAGCGCAUGCAGAUGGAAGUCUGUGUUUUCCAGAUCCAUGAAGUGUACAGUGGUACCUCAGGUUACAGACGCUUCAGGUUACAGAUGCUUCAGGUUACAGACUCUGCUAACCCAGAAAUAGUACCUCAGGUUAAGAACUUUGCUUCAGGAUGAGAACAGAAAUCACACGGUGGCAGCGGGAGGCCCCAUUAGCUAAAGUGGUACCUCAGGUUAAGAACAGUUUCAGGUUAAGAACGGACCUCCGGAACGAAUUAAGUUCUUAACCCGAGGUACCACUGUAAUCCUAAAUUUGCAAAUGUAUAUACCAGCAUGGUUGGCAAGAGAGAAGAGAGAGGAUUGAGGUUGCAGGGAAACAAUAUGCCAAGGACUCUGGACCACAAAAGCGUCUGUCUUAAUAAAUUUGUGCCACAAGACUCUGGUGAUUUUUCUCCUUUGUCUUUUUGCUGUGGUGAACUGACAACACUCCCCUUCUGGAAACCGAUCUAGGGAAGCAGACUCAUGGGUCCUUCUUUGGAUACCACACACCUUCCUUUGUUUUGGGGACAUUUCACUACCUUGAGAUACAUUGGGGUUUGUUUCGAGAUUGGAAAAAGUUUCCCAAAUUGUCUGCAUACAUUUCUUUCUGAGUUAGGAACUGAAGCAGUCUUGCCAUAUACCACUGGCUCUGCUGUGGCUGCGCUGGGGGCUUCUGAGCCCUGUUCAGAGUGCUGCUUUUUAUUCAUCAGGAAAUAAGGAUUUGUUUUUAAUUAUGUAGCAUGAGGCUUUAUAUGCAAUGUUUACAUUUUUUUGGUAAAUGAAUUCCAUUAAUCCAUUCACAAUGUCAUGCUCUUCCAGAGGUUUCCGUAAGAUUAUUUGGGGCAGUUUUUCUAAUGAGAGGAUAUUAUCACAGAUGCUUGUUUUUGCAGUUCUCAAAAGUGUGAAUUUGUGUCUGCAGGGAUAACAUGCCUUUCCUUCACAGGAAAAAUGUUAUAAAAUAAACAUACAGAGUUGAGGGAAAAAACCUUAAUCCCAUUGUUCCUUUGCAAAUUUAUAUACACAGAACCAGUAAUUUUUGAUAUAACUGUAAAAUUUAUUAUUCCACAAAUGAAAUCUUCAUCUGGCUGUAAAUAUUAAGAUUAUACCAGCAAGAAUGAGUCUUUCUGUAAAAAUAAUGAUUUAAAUCAAGUCUUACUGACUAGUGAUUUAAAUCGUGUUUUAAACCAAUUUGAUUUAAAUCAAAUCCACCCUGCUUCAUCAUGUCAUUGGGUGACCCACUUGGGGCUUGCAGAUUAAUUCACACUGGCUUCAAUUCCUGCUUUAGGAUGUGCCCAAUAUAAGCCCCACUUGCCAAGGAGCAAUAUGGAGCACAUUUAAGGCAUGGGCAAUGGUCAGGGAUGAUAGGCGUUAUAGACCAGUGGAAAGCCACAGAUCCCCCAAUCCCUGCUUUGGAAGGUCUGUUAAAAAGUGCCCAUGCCAGCUGGUGCAAGUUUUGGCAAAGAAUACAUGCCACUAGCUAUAAAUAUGCUCAGAGACGAUGUGCUGGCAUAGCCAUGCUCUAGUCAGGAGCCCUUUGGGAAAUUAACAUGUAAUUUUCAAGAACUGACUGGGUUGCAAUAGUGUCUAAAUUGCAGAUUUCCUAGCCAGCACUGAGAGGACCUUGCAGUAGAUGAGAGGGUUUGUCAGCUUUCAAGUCCAGGUUGCCUUUAUUCUAACUCAAAUUUUUUUUAAAAAGGGUAAACCCACACUGAUCUGGCAGGUUUUCCGUUUUUUGUUCCCAAAUGUUCAAGUGGAGAAUGGAAUGGAGUGUGCUGGAAGAGGGCAUGGCUGGCUGGCCCCCCCGAAUAGGAGCCUUCCACAUUGCAGGUCCCACUUGCAUCAUGCCUGCCAUCCCAGGGUAUCAAAUAUACACAGGCUAUAAACACACCAAUAAUGUGUAUAAUUAAAUUGGCUUAUGUGGCAUUAAGCUGUUGCACUCCAGCUAGCUACAGUUCUAGUAGUUUUUUCUGCUGACAUAAAGUGCCGAUGUUUUGUGCACUGCAAAUAGCAGCUGGACAAACCAAUUGGAAGGCUACAGGCAGCCUUGGAUUUCUAGUUGCAAACCACCACCACCGGUCCCCUUUGAGAUCCCUCUUUGCUCUUUCUGCCAGCUUUUGGGUAAAAUUGGCUAACGGUGAAUUGAGGAGGAACAGAUCCCUCACUUGCAAUUUGGAUUCUCAGGUGCGCCACUGACCACAAUGUGGACAACACAACAGAAAUACUGCAUGAGUGGCUGACUGCAGUGGAAGGUCACUACCGGCACAUUGAGUGGAGAUCCGUAGAUGAGCCCAGGUAAGUUUGGAAUACUCGUGCCGACCUACUUGAAUUUCAUAAAUAAUUGAGAAGCAUGCAUAGGUUAGGAAUUAAAGAAGAUCACGGUGGAUUUGGAUACCCAGAAACAAUUGCAGUACUUCUUAGAAGGUUGAUGUGGUACAGCUGUAACUUUGUGGAAAAGUCAAUAGGAAGAUCUGCGUUCAGAGGCAAUGUGAGUUGCUGUAGGAACAACUGUUGGUAGAAUGCCUUCAGACCCUCUUAAGGAACAUAAAUGGAGCCUUGAGGCCAGAUCAGGCCUAGGGGGACUGUGCACCAUGCUGCAACAUUUUGUUGCCAUUCCCCCAUGCUCUUACGCUAUGAUCCCUUUUUAGGGUAGAGAACUUGAGUUGGUUUAUUCACGGGGAUCUUCCCAUCUACAGAAUUCUCUAAUUCCCUCCAGUGAACCAUUAAAUGUGCUUCUGUGUUUCUUGGAACUACAGUAUGGAAGGGCUGUGCUAACCUGAAGUCUUGCAUAAAAUAGGCGCUUCAGCGCAAAGGAAAGGGGAGAGGGACAGGCCUUGCACUCUCUGCUUACCAUCUUGCCUCUUACAGCUCUUAUCCUGACGAACAUGGGCCCAAACACUGGAGCGACGCACGCUUUGAGCACGUAAUGAGGCUCAAACAGGAAGCUCUGAGCUUUGCCCGAUCUGAGCGGGCCGAUUACAUUUUGGUAAGUCAGUCUGAUCAUCUGGAGGUGGGAAAAUGUCCCAACGCGUGUCUCCUCCAUUCUGUCCACGCCAGAAGACACUUUUGGGUGGACCUGAUUCUCAACUACCUCAGCCUUCCUCAACAUGGUGCUCUACAAAUGCUGCUGCCACAAUUUAUUUAUUUACUUAUCAUGCUUAUUUGUUGCUUGUUAUCCGGAAGGUCUCCAAGAGACUUACAGUAGAGAAAGACAUAUGUAUGCACAUACAUAAUACCCUGAGGGAGGGAGGGCAAGAUCAUAGAAUAUGUUAAUAUUUCACAUAAUGUACAACUUUGUAAAAUGGAAGCAACAUGCCAGCUGCAUAAAUGGUAGUGAACAACUUUAGCAAUAUUCAUACCAUCUCUCUCUUUCUUUAUUAAGGUUCAGAGACCCAACAAAGCAAUACACAAUUCAUACAGCCUACCUCCAGGUUAAACAAGCAUUUUGUUCAGAAUAUAGGGAUCAUUGGUUCUUGCAACCACCAAUAAAAACUUUGCCACUGCUAAUGUUGUAGCAUUUGUCCGGUCUUCCAAUAGGAACCUGACAUGGUGAGCCUCUGAUUUUCCUGCGAAAGGUACCAGCAAGGGUAGUAUCAGUUCAGCCUGGCUUGAUAUUCAUACAAUUAAAGCAAUACUCCUAGCCACUAAUUAGCAGAUAAAUGAAACCUGACCUUUGGUCAUAGUGGCUACUGGAGCUGAUGAGAGAUGGAGUCCAGGUUGUGGGGUGGGGUGGGGGCUCCUGUGUCACCUUAUUUCCUUCCCUCUCAAACCAAGGGCAUCCCACACCCUGCUUUCUUCCUCGUCACCUGCCCACAGACAACUUCCUUCCUUAGUUUUCUUCAAAUGUACAUCUUGCCUCACACCUUCCAACCUCGACUGCUUGGUGCUCCUCUGCUUGGGGCAUUUUUAAAUCCACUGGAGCACUUGGUGAGAUUUUUCUAUCCAUGCAGGCUAUUUUGCAGUUCAGUUGUGCCUGCCAGGCUCCCUCAGGGGUGGGGUUUAGUUUCCAGACAUGGUUUCAGUCAAGAUAAAAGUGUGCACUUUUAAUUCUGUCCCCAGUUCACAGACACAGACAGCAUCUUGACAAAUGACCAGACUCUGAAGUUCCUCAUUGCACAAAACAAAUCUGUUGUUGCUCCCAUGCUGGAUUCUCAGACCUAUUACUCCAACUUCUGGUGUGGAAUUACUCCUCAGGUAAGCCCGUUUGGUGGAGGUGCUUGAGCAGAUUUGCAGAAUUUAUUUAUUGCACGAGCAGGAAAUCUGUGGCCCUCCAGGUAAUGUAGGGCAGUGCCCAGGGGUGAUGGGAGUCAUUGCUCAACAUCUGGAGGACCACAGGUGCACUACAAAGAGACAACAGAGUCAAUUCAGCAAGUGAAAAUGCAUGCACCAUCAGAGCAAUAUAAAAGCAAAUAUAUGUCAUAAAUACAGCCAGGCUUCGACUGAAGUCACCCACUAUUUGUUCUUCUGGAAACAACUGAAGACAUUUUUAUUUCUACAGACAUUUUUGUUUCAAAGCCUGUUUAAGUUGUUCUUAUUUUUGCAACGUUUUAAAACUAUGCUAAAAAAAUUAUGUCUACUGUGAAUAGGACUUAGUUGGACAUAACCCUAUGUGUGUAUGGCCUGCUUGAAAGAAAACUGGGAUGGGGCCAAACCUGCCUCCUGGGGAAGGGAGUUUCAUAGGUGAGGAGCCACCACCCAAAAGGCUCUGCCUCCUAUUCCCACCUGCUUGAUUGGCAGGUCUGCAAGAAGGGGGUCUCUAUAGCAGGCUCGUAUGGGUGCAAGUGGUCCAUGGAAUAACUUGGCCCCGGAGUAUGUAGGUCUUCAAAGGUAAAAACCAACACUUUGCAUUGUGUGCAGUUGAUGUAAACCUAGUGUGCUCUAAGCAUUGAGCUCCCUCCAACAUACGGACCUCUGCGUUCUGCACCAGCUGAAGCUUCUGGAACACUGGAUCAUGGCAGUACAUCCUUAGUGUUCCUUCCACACUUGCCGCUCUCCACUUACCUUUCCCAAAAGGCACAGCCCUGCUUGAAAUUCCUUCAGGCCUGUUGGGUGACUGCUGAGGGUCAUAGACACACAGCAGGCAGAGCCAGAACGAAUGAGAGGUGGAGGUAGGUCAUUAUAGUUUUGCCCCAAGCGUUGCAUUCAGUGCUAGUCCUACUCAGAGUAGGUCCACUAAAGGCAGUGUAUAUUUUAUUUGUUUGUUUGUUUAUUAAAUUUGUAUACCACCCUAUAACCAUAGAGCUCGGAGCGGUUCACAACAUAAAAUCACAAUAUAAAAAAACACAGAAUACAUAAUAAAAACAAAGACAACCCAAUAAUCCACAACACAUUUAAAAUGACAUCAGAUGUCAAUUUAGCCAAAGGCCUGGUAUAAGAGGAAUGUUUUUGCCUGGCGCCUAAAGGUGUAUCAGGAAUGCACCAGCCGAACCUCCCUGAGGAGAGCGUUACGCAAAUGGAGAGCCACUGCAGAGAAGGCCCUGUUCUCAUGUUGCCACCCUCUACACCCCUUGUGGAGGAGGCACAUGAAGAAGGGCCUUAGAGGAUGAUCUCAGGGUCCGGGUAGGUUCAAAUGGAAGGAGACAUUCCUUGAGGUAUUGCGGUCCUGAGCCGUUUAAGGCUUUAUAGGUCAAAACCAGCACUUUGCAUUGGGCCCAGAAACCAAUUGGCACCCCUUGAAAUUCAUCGGUUAUAAUAGCAGAGUCAGUAUCACAGUGGCACAUUAAUUUUCAUGGGUCUGCUCUGAGAUUUGGUUGGAUACAACUCUAAGGAGGAUAAACGGGCAAUGCUGCCCCCCCAUCCCCGACCCCCGGGCUAAUUUUAAGUAAGAUGCAGGUGGUGGGUUUGGCGGCUGUGAUUGGUAGACAAGCCUCCAUUGCUGCAGGACCUUUCGUGUUUAGAGUUAUGGUUUCCUAAUUGGGUGGCAGACAGUUCUUGGCACGGCACUGGGCUAUUUUGGGUUAUGAUACUCUGUCACACGUUCCAGGGUUACUACCGUAGGACAGCAGACUACUUCCCCACCAAGAACAGGCAGCGGGUCGGGUGCUUUGCUGUCUCCAUGGUCUACGCUGCCUUCUUGAUUGAUCUGCGGAAGGACGACACUGCUGACCUGGCCUUUCACCCGCCCCAUCCCAGCUAUACCUGGCCAUUUGAUGACAUCAUUGUUUUUGCGUACUCCUGCCAAACUGCAGGUGAGAGUGAGGAAGGAAAAGGGGGAGGCAGACCAUCAUGGCAAGCAAUUGUAUAGAGUUUCCACAUGUCCAGAAAGUGCUUGAUAAUACAGUGGACCCUCGAGUUAUGUACCGCUCUGGAUACGUAACUUUCGGGUUGUGAACGCAGCAAACCCGGAAAUGUAUACAGUGGUACCUCUGGUUGUGAACGGGAUCCAUUCCGGAGCCCCAUUCGCAACAUGAACAGAACGCAACCCGCAUCUGUGCGGGUCGUGAUUCACUGCUUCUGCGCAUGCACGUGACGUCAUUUUGAGCAUCUGCACAUGUAUGAGCGGCGAAACUUGGAAGUAACCCUUUCCGGUACUUCCGGGUCGCCACGGGAAGCAACCUGAAAAGACGUAACCUGAACUGAACGUGACAAGAGGUAUGACUGUCCUUCCGGGUUUCGCCGCAUGCGCAGAAGCGCUCUGUGCACCGCGCACGUGCGCGGAAGUGGCGCCUCCAAUUACGGACUUUUCAGGUUAUGUAUGGACCCCUGGAACGAAUUUAAUUCGUAUCCAGAGGGUCCACUGUAAUAAGAGCCCUACUUUUCAGACCAGACGCCCUUCUAGUCCAGAGGUACCUGUGGCCAACCAGGUGCCUCUGGGAAGCCCCUCAAACAGCAUGAAAGCAUCAGCCCUUUUCUGUUCCCCCCUCCCUGAAGCUCGUGUUUAGCAUUAUACUGCUACUGGACAUGGAGGCUCCAUUUCACCCUGAUUUUUUUCUAAUGUUUGAUUCAAACUGGGGCAAGCAAAAAAGGGAGAUGGACAGCCCAUGCUCGUGUCUACCAAGGUGUGCAGAAGAGCACGGCGGUCUGGUGUGGCAUUGGGCGGAGGAAAGGAAUUCCACCGUCAAGGAGCCUGUGCUGGCGAUGUGGCAAUUGUUUGGACUUUAUCUUAAAUGCUCGUUUACAGAACCAUAGAAUUGUCAAGCAGCAUACUUUUAAGUUAUUAUUCUGUUUCCUGUGCAGGAGCCCAGAUGUACUUAUGUAACCAGCAUCGGUUUGGAUAUAUCAAUGUCCCUGUGAAAUCUCACCAGACGCUGGAGGAUGAAAGCAUCAACUUUGUGCACCUGAUCCUGGAGGCAAUGGGUGAGUUAAUACUGCCCUAGCCCACCAGAGAAUCUUUCUUGGGGGUUAUUGUAGGGUAUUUUUCUUCCUGGCUGCGGGACCUUGAUAGGCCUACACUUGAUGGCAUGUACCCAGUGCUUGCUCUACUCAGAGCAAACCCAUUGCAAUUAAUGUCCGUGACUAAAGGAGUUUCCAGACCCUCACUAUUUUCAGGUGGGAUUCAGUCACGUGCUGGCAAAUUCAGGCUGCAUAAUCAAAUUCCAUUGGGAGGGCGUGUGCUGCAAACCUGCUUCCCCAAAAGAUCAGACUUUUUGGUGGUAAGGAAAGUGAGGGAUCGCAUUUGCUUUGGUGCAACAGCGUCUAACCUCCCUGCAAACAAAUGGGGAUGAAUGCUCAGUAAGCAGGUUGUCUGGAAGCACCAUAAGUUGUGCCCAUUAAUUUUAGUAGGUCUGCUCUGAGUAGAAUUUUGUUGGAUAUGGCCCCCUAUCUUUCUCUGGUUUACCUGAGAAAGAUAGGUUUGAGCAUAUUAUGCCAAUUCUGGUCCAAUUCAAAGUGCUGGUUUUGACCUAUAAAGCCUUAAAUGGCUCAGAACCACAAUACACCAAAGACCACUUAUCUCCAUAUGACCCUACCUGGACCCUGAGAUCAUCGUCUGAAACCCUUCAUCAUGUUCUUCCUCCAUGAGCGGUCCAGAGGGGGCAACACGAGAACGGGACUUUUCUGCAGUGGCCCCCCAUUUCUGAAAUGCUCUCCCCAAGGAGGCUCACUUGGUGCCUUCAUUAUACACCUUUAGGCACCAGGUAAAAACCUUCCUCUUCUACCAGGCCUUUGGCUGAUUGACAUCUGAUGUCAUUUUAAAUGUGUUGUGGAAGGGGGGAUUACUGGGUUGUCUUUGUUUUUGCUCUUAUUAUGUAUUAUGUGUUUUUUAUAUUGUGAUUUUAUGUUGUGAACUGCCAUGAGAUCUGUGGGCAUAGGAUGGUACACAAAUUUAAUUAAUAAUAAUAUUAAUAACUUAACCUUCUCAAGCUCAAGGGAAAUUAGAACCAAAGAGCUGGAGAGAGCUUUGCAGGCCAUUUUGUCUGUCUCCUGCUUGAUGCAAGAAAUCCAAACCUGGAACCUUUUCUCCCUCUCCAUUUACUACUACUUAUAAUUAAUAAUGCUAAUAAUUAACAACAACAACAACAACACAAUGGAAGCCCUAUUAUAAGCAAUUCAAAGAGGGAAGGGGAGAAAGUUUUGGGAGCUGGUUUAGAGUUAUUGGCAGAAUACACCAGCAAAAUAACAGCAAGCUGUUUAUGGAACUCACUUGCUUAAGAGUACAGUACAGUGGUACCUCGGUUUACAAACUUAAUCCGUUCCAGAGGUCUGUUCUUAAACCAAAACCGUUCUUAAACUGAGGUGCGCUUUCCCUAAUGAGGCCUCCUGCCGCCGGUGCCCUUCCACCAUUUGGAUUCCAUUCUUAGACUGAGGUAAAGUUCUCAAACCGAGACACUACUUCGGUUUUGCGGAGUUCGUAAACCGAAUCAUUCGCAAACAGGACUGUUCUUAAACCGAGGUACCACUCUAUAGGUUAAAAACCUGAGCAGCAACAUAGCCUCCUCUCUAUGCUUUACAUCUCUCUUGCAGUGGAUGGUACCCCAAUGUUCCCCUCCAGCCAUGUCUACCUCCCACCGAAGCAUCCAACCAAAAUUGGGUUUGACGAGGUAAGCAAGUCUCUCUCUCUCUCUCUCUCUCUCUCUCUCUCUCUGUGUGUGUGUGUGUGUAAGAGAGAAAUUGUCAGCACCUGUGAGGGCUGUGAGUGACUGAGUCAGAGUAUGCCUGAAUGCAUGUGAUGAAUUUUGUGCGUUUUGAGUAAGUGGAAUCCUAUUUUAUGGGGUUUUUUUGAGCUUCAUUGUUUUACGUAUUCCACUUUAAAUUCAUUAGUUAAUUGCAUUUGAUUUUCUUUGUAAGCUUGCUUUUGUGAUGAAAAGUGGUUUAUAUAAGUACUCGAAAAAAGGAAUUGAACCUUCUGUUUUCCUUUUAGGUUUUCCUCAUCAACUUGGCAAGGCGCCCAGACCGUCGGCAGCGCAUGCUUAGUUCCCUCUUUGAGUUGGAGAUAGAGCCCUUGGUGAUUAACGCUGUCGAUGGAAGGUGACUGGCUGAUGCCUCUUUCUGGGGUGCUUUGUUUUGGUUUUUAGCAUGAAAUGGGGCUGCUGCAACUGGUGGACCUCUCUGCCACAAGGCUUAGAUAGCUUUUUAAAAAUGCAAAUGUAAUAGGAGAAAGGGGAACACAUUGAGGCCAAAAUAUGAUGGUGAUGAUCAUUAUUAUUAUUAUUUACAGUCAUACCUCAUGUUACGUUUGCUUCAGGUUACGUUCUUUCAGGUUACGUCCCACAGCGACCCGGAAGUACCAGAAAGGGUUACUUCCGGGUUUCGCCACUCACGCAUGCGCAGAAGCGCUCAAUUGCGCUUCGCACAUGCGCGCAAGCACCAAGUCACACUGUGCACCUGCGCAGAUACGACGCUUCAGGUUGCGCUCUUUUCAUGUUGUGAACGGGCCUCUGGAACGGAUCCCGUUCACAACCAGAGGUACCACUGUAGAUAGAUUUGAAGGAGCAAGUCCAUUCAGGAAACAGCUAUCAAGUCCUUCUAGUCGUGAUGGAUUUACAGAACUUGCAGAACCAGUGUACCAUGGAAUAUCAGUUGUUAGGUGAAGGGCAGUAGUCAGGGUGGGGGAAGCCAUUGCCUGCGUGCCUCACUGGUGGGAUGCAGGCAUUUGCUUUGGCACUGUGGAAACAGGAUGGUGAACAAGAUGGGCCUGUGGUCCAGAAGGACCCUCUCCUCAUGUUCCUAAAUAUCCUGGCCUUUCCCUCUGCUGUAUGUGAAGCUUCUUUCAUCACUAGCUUUAGUCAUCUUUGUGAAGAUAAACCUUUUUGCCCAGGCUUCCCCUGACCCAUAAGAUCGGACCCUGCUUUUGCUGAAUUCCUCUCUUUUUUGUAUAAAUACCCCCCCCCCCAUUUUUUUAUUCAUUUUAUAACAUAACUAAACAACACAAACAGAAAAUACAAACAAUACGAACAGAUUCUUGUCUUAUCCUCAUUUUUUCUAAACGUUGUUAGGUGGGCUUCCCCAAGUCCCCACUAUCUGAUUUUCAUUUUACCUCCUCUUUAGCAGUUUACAUAUAUCAUAAUUUUUAACCAUUUUUUUUUUAAAUCACGCUUACUUUUACCAUAAAAAUCUUCACAUUUUAUCACUUACAAAUAAUACUAUUUUAAAAUACACUAUCUUCUACUUCUAACCCUACAGCCUAUAUCCACUUCCAAAGCUAUUCUAAGAUUUAAAUAUUAACAUAUUUUUUCAGAUAUUCUUUAAAUCUUCUUCCACCAUCUCUUCUCUAAAUACUUUUUAAAAGCACUUUCUCUGUUUUUAUUAUGCUGUUCUUUGUACAUGGCUUUCAGAACUUUUAACUAGAAAUGCUCCUGAACAAAUGCAAUAAAUCUACUUGCUGUAUAGUUGUCUGAACCCCAUUGCACCUGAAAGCUGGAGAGAGGAGCACGUGGGCUCCAUGCCACCUACAGCUGAUGUGAACUGGCACCCCAACAACACCUGGGGGACCCAAGGCUGUGUGGGAUAUCUAUACGGGGCUGUGUCGCUCCAUGCUGCCUGCCCUGGUUCGUGACCUGCGCUCUUGGGAGUGCUGCUUUGCUAACCUCUGUUAUCUCCUCUGCCAGUGCCCUAAACAGCAGUGACAUCAAGAAACUGGGUGUGGACCUGCUUCCAGGUUAUUUUGACCCCUUUUCAGGCAGGACACUCACCAAAGGGGAGGUGGGCUGCUUCCUGAGCCACCAUCAUGUGUGGAAUGAGGUAAGGGCUUGGGCUGGGUUGGACGAAAGGGUCAAGGGCUUGGGUUGGUUCGGUGCAGGGAAGGGCCAUUGAUGUGGUCAAGCAAAGCCUACCCAUCAGCUUCUCUCUGAUUGGCUACUCAAGAUCUGGGGCCAAGCCCUGUGCAAUGGUUAUAUAGGUAGAGCCAGUGUGGUGUAGUGGUUAAGAGCGGUGGCCUUGUAAUCUGGUGAACCGGGUUCGCGUCUCUGCUCCUCCACCUGCAGCUGCUGGGUGACCUUGGGCCAGUCACACUUCUCUGAAGUCUCUCAGCCCCACUCACCUCACAGAGUGUUUGUUGAGGGGGAGGAAGGGAAAAGGAGAUUGUUAGCUGCUUUGAGACUCCUUAGGGUAGUGAUAAAGCGGGAUAUCAAAUCCAAAUUCUUCUUUUAGGUCCAGCUAGGCUCCUACUGUGUCUCUCAGGUCACCUGGUUUGCUGGGCUGAAGAGGCGUUUCUGGCUGUUGCUCGACAUUGUACAACAUAGCAGAGAGUGGGUGGAGAAGUGUCGGGAGGCUUGGGGAGCCCAGUCCUUGCAAAUCCUGACACUGGUUGACCUGACCCCCACCUCCCAGAUUGACGCAUGCAUCAGGAAUUCAUUGCCCUCUCACUUUUGCACUUGGAAUCAUAGAGCUGAAGAUUAGGAAGGGUCCCUGGCAGUCAUCUGGUCCAAGCUGCAGCAGCACAGGAGUCAAACUCUUUCCCAAUGUUCCAAAGUAGUUCUUUUGUUAGAUAACUUAUUAUUUUUUCAUUAAUAACAAUCCCAUGUAAGCCACAUUAAUACAAUAUCAAAUCACAAUACAAUUAAAAGAGCCAAUUAUCCAGUUCCAAAUUAAACAAUUUUGGGUGACUUCCCGUAUUCUGAUUAUCAGGAGAUGGUGUUAUUCCUUGAUCCUGGCUCCAAUCCUCCUAAUUAAUCCAAGCCUGUGAGCAUAUAAUAAAAUUUGCUCUCUGCCCUGCACUUUCCCCAAAAAGGUCUUUUGGAUUUCUCAACAAGGUCUACACCAGGGAUGCAGAACCUGUGGCUAUCUAGAUGUUGUUGGACUCUCAUCAGCCCCACAGCUAAUGGGAGCUGUAGAUCUCAGACAUCUGAAGAGCAACAGCUUCUCCAGCUCCGAGCUGUGCUGUUAUAGCAUACACAGCAAGUUCCCUUGGUAAAGAUGCUGAUGUCCCUUUGCUUGCUGCAGUCCUGGGUGAGCUCUGCGAUGGAACUUUAAGGUCUCUUUCACCCAUACUCUCUAGCGCUGUUGUUUUCUCCCCCCUUUAGAUUGUCGAACGGGGUCUGGAGAAGUCUGUGGUGCUGGAAGAUGAUGUGCGGUUUGAGGCAUAUUUCAAGAAGCGAAUUUUGCGGCUGAUGGAUGAACUGGAGCAAGUACAGCUGGAUUGGGACCUGAUGUAUGUUGGGUUAGCUGGUGGGGUUGGGCGAGGUCCUCAGCUGCAAAACAGCCCUAGUUGUUUGGCUACACUUUGGAAUGCCAAAGUAACUAUAGCUCAGUGGCAGUGCACCUGCUUUGCAUGCAGAAGGUUUCUCCAGGAAGGUCUGGAAAAGUCUCCUGUUGGAAAUCCUGGUGAGCUGCUGCCAGUCAGUGUAGGCAAUAUUGAGCUCAGUUGACGUAUGGCCUGACUCACCAUAAGGCAACUUCCUGUGUUCCUGUUUGGUUCAUCCCUUUAUUCAGAACUGUGAGGGCUGGAAUAUUUAGUUUAGACUUCCGGGUUGGUGCCUCCGGCAAUGGCGGAGCUCCUCUGAUCGGGAGGAACUAGCUCCACGAAAACCAGGGUCUGACUGCCACUGACUUCCCACUGAAAUCACAAGCAAGAGAAGCUUGUGAACUUGGGGUCCGGCUGGCACCUUUGCGCCUCCCCUACUCGCGGGGAAACCCGGUUUUGGGGAUCCGGAGCGACGUGGGGUGAGUGGCGCGGUGCUUCGAAUCAACUGCUUUUUCCGCGGAGUGAAGCCACAUUGCUGUUGCCAGAGAGCGCUGACUUUUUCCUGUGGACAAUUGGACUUUAAACAACUACCCGUGAGUAGAACGCAAAAUUGGAUCUUCAAAUAAUUUAAUUUGGCACCGAAACGGGGAAGGUUUUAAACUGAAGCAAAGACGUUAUAAGCUAAAGUCUUUGGAAGCUUUUGGCAAAGGAUUGAAGUGAUGAAAAGAUGGAAUUGUUUUUAACUGGUUUUUUUUCCUACUUUGUAUUUUUCCUUUUUAUUGUUAAUUUUUUUAUUAAUGUGAUUUUUCUUCUUUUGAAACUUUAAUAAAUAUUAUUUUAAAAAAAGAAAGAAAAGAAACACUUGAACUUGGUGCAGUAACAAAUCACCAGCCAGUGCAGACCUCUGAGCUAGCAAGGCCUCACUCCUGCCAGCAAACUGUCACAAGCCAGUCCUCUGCCCCUGAAGCCAAUCUACAUCUUCUGGCUGCAGCGCAAAGCUGAGACAGAGCUGCAGCUACAAUUGUUUUUACUGUUUUAAAUUGUUUUAACUGUUUUUGUUAAACUUGUUGUUGUUUGUUUAUAUUGAGGGAGGGGAGAUGUGUCUGGGAGGAGAGGAGCUGGAGAGACCGGGGUCGUAUGCUGUGGGAGGUGGGGCAGGCUGGGUAAGUGGCACAUGGAUAAGGGCCCCUCCUCCAACCUGGGGAUUUGUGGUUGUCUGCAUGCAAAGCAAGUGUGCUGCCACUGGGCUGUGGAUCCUCCCCACCACCCUCAAAUGGUGCCACCUUAUACUGGGACAGAUCAGGGAUCUGUCCAGCUUGGAACACUGUGCUUUGACUAGCAGCAGCUCCCUGAGGUCGGUCUGUUAAUUUAGGGGUGGGGAACCUUCUAGCCCACCAGCCAGGUUUGGCCUGCCAGGUCUCCUCAGUUCUGCUCAGUUACUAUCUCUCUCCAUCCCCAUGGGCCUGUUGGGAUGCGUCCGGGGAGACAGGGGCAUUUGGCAGGCCCCCAGCUGGCUCCAGCCACUGGCCGGCAGCCGGGCAAACUCCGGUUCUCGGAACAGCAUUAAAAACUGUGACUCAGGCCACAGAAGCCUUCAAAGCUUAAGCACGCAAGCCAGCAGAGAUAAGAACUCUUUGCAACGGAAGAGGCAUAUGUGCUGUGAGUAUUUGCAGGGACCGGGCCCCGAGUGCUGUGAGUAUUUGCAGGGACCGGGCCCCGAGUGCUGUGAGUAUUUGCAGGGACCAGGCCCCGGGUGCUGUGAGGCAUAUGUAAGCAUAUUUACAUCAUUUUAUUCAGCAGCAGACAAAGGAAAACAUGUCUGCUUCCCUUCGUGUCCAAGCAAACAGCAUAGGCAAAAGCAAUAUACAAACGGAAGUUCCCAGCAAGCUGUGCUGGAAUGUAAACAGACAUGUGACAUGCAACAAUCCACAUAUCUGUUCCUCUCACGGUGGAACGGAACAUCAACAUCCUAACAGGGCCAACUUCUGACAGGUUGAUGGCACUACCCGGGGCUAAUGUUGGCUUUUGGAGGUGGGAGAUGACGAUCUGGCUUUCUGGGGCAAAAAGGUUCCCUACUCCUGGUGUAGGCAGAAGGAAAUGGGUGAACACUAAAAAGGCCGAUUUGUCUUCUUCAGUUACCUGGGCCGGAAGCAAGUGAAUGCUGAGGAUGAGGAGCUGGUGGAGGAUGUACGAAAUCUUGUGGUGCCUGGAUAUUCCUACUGGACAUUAGCUUACAUCAUCUCACGGCGAGGGGCUCAGAAACUGAUUGAUGCACAGCCGCUCUCCAAAAUCCUCCCUGUGGAUGAAUUCCUGCCCAUCAUGUAUGACAAGCACCCCAAGUAAGGAGCUUGAAAUAUUGUGGGUUUGUUUCAUUUGGCUUGGAGUUCAGAUGUAGUAAUAACAGAACAGCAACCUUGCCUUGAUGUUCUCAUGGAAGCGCUGAAGAAGCACCCUGUCUGUAUGGGAAAGUCUGUGGCGGAUUUAAUGUGUGAGUGGGACCUGCGACAAAAUGUUGCAGUGUGGAACACUUGAUGGAGGAGAGGGCUGUUAAUGGCUAGCCAUGGUGGCUAUGUUGUGCCUCCACAUUCAGAGGCAGUAAUGCUUGUGGAUUCCAGUUGCUCUUGUGCUCAGGUUUUGCAGGUUUCAUACAGGCAUCCGGUUGACCACUGUGAGAACAGGAUGCUGGACUAGAUGGGCCAUGGGCCUGAUCCAGCCUCAAGGCACUUACUGUAUGUUCGUAAUGCUUUUCUUCAGGGCCCCUCUAGACCCCAUUUUUAUUGUGAAUUUGUGGUUGUUUGUUUUCAUGGUGCUUUGGGGGCAGUUAUGCACUAUCCCACUUUCAGUUCUGUUCACACCCGCAAAGGUUUCAGGGCAGACAUGCUUUGUUUCCGUGUCGCGCAGCUCCCUGCUGAUAAUCCUGUUAACUUUCUAUACCACAAAUACUCCUUUUGUUGUGCUGCAGUGCAAAAGCUUAGUAAUCCAGAGGGCAAUAAAGCAGCAACAUAGGAGGAAGUAUCUCAAAGCAGCUAAUGACGGGGAAGGAUGUGUGGACCGUCCAGUACAAAUCCACAGCUAUUGUACUCUUGUUGCACCAGUGAUGUGGCAGUAUAUGUCUGGGAAAACCAAACAAGCACCAACCAGUCAGGGGUGGGAGGCUAAAUCUCUAAUAAUAAUAAUAAUAAUAAUAAUAAUAAUAAUAAUAAUUGUACCCUGCCCAUCUUAUUGGGUUUCCCCAGCCACUCCGGGCAGCUUCCACAAAGACCAAAAAUACACUAAUAUAUCAUACAUUAAAAACUUCCCUGAACAGGGCUGCCUUCAGAUAUCUUCUAAAUGUCAGGUAGUUAUUUUUCUCUUUGACAUCUGAUGGGAGGGUGUUCCACAGGGCAGGCGCCACUACCGAGAAGGCCCUCUGCCUGGUUCCCUGUAGCUUUGCUUCUCAUGGUGAGGGAACCGCCAGAAGGCCCUCAGAGAUGGACCUCAGUGUCCGGGCUGAACAAUGGGGAUGGAGAAGCUCCUUCAGGUAUACUGGACCGAGGCCGUUUAGGGCUUUAAAAGUCAGCACCAACACUUUGAAUUGUGCUCAGAAACGUCAAGGCUGACACACACAGAUAAGGCCUCCAGAAUAAGUUGGGCAGGAUCAUGCCUUGUAAGCAAAGAAAAGAAGAAAAGCGCCUCUCUCCCCGCCCCGCAACAAUCCCUGCCUUCACUGCUCCGGCAUCAGUUAAGGGAAAACAUCUGUUCCUAUGACUUCACUCCCUCCAGCCUGCAGAAGUCUGUGGAAAAGAAUAGUCAGCAAGCCCCCAGGAGGAGGAGGAGGAGAGGGUGUUGAGGUUUCUUGAACGGCCAUUCGCUCAGUUUGCUGGAAGCAUAAUAGGAGCCAGGGAAAUGUGGCUGAUUGCCAUGCCUUGGGACUGGGAUGGAGAAUCCUUGGUCCUCCUGAUGCUCUAGGGCAGAAGUUGGGGCGUAGAAGAUGCAGUUUCCCACCAGGUCCUCAUGUCUCUCACAAAACAUCUUCCCUUGAUGCUUGGGGUGCCCUGCCAAACAGUGGGGGUUAGCAUGGGGGGUGUUGUUGUUGGGGGAGGGGUAUGUGAAAGUUGCCUCCCCUGUUGGUGAGGAAAUGGUGCUGGCAGGAAGGAUGAACUCCCCUUUACCACCAGAUCCUAAACCUCUGCUGUCUUGUGGCUCUACUCAUUCAUGAGAAAGGUUUCAGGAGUAAACCCCGAGGAAAAAUCCACACCUGAUUCUUUGUGAGACACCUUCAGGGGAAGAAAAGGCUGAGCUAAGGAAUAAACCCUACACAAAUUCAGAGUGGAGUCCCUAAGGCAGUUGAAUGGUGCCUUGUACUCCUCCUUCCGGCAACUCCUGCAGUCAAGCUGGUGCCCAACGUCUUGCUCCGCUUUCCUUUAGACCACACCUGCAAUGCUGAGAGGGGGGGGUCUUGUCUCCUGGGCAGCCCAGGACCUCCAUGCACACUGCCCAGGCUUGUGCUUCAGAGUCACUCUGGUGCUGCAAGCACAGUAGUUUGCCUUCACCCCUAGAGGUGCACUCCAUUGUCUCUCAAGACAGAUGGAUGCCAGCAACAACAAGGGGAAGUUGUCCCCCCCCCCCAUAUCAUUUUUAUUACCGUAAUUUUACAAUACAGUCAUACCUCAUGUUACAUUUGCUUCAGGUUGAGCAUUUUCAGGUUGUGUCCUGCGGCGACCCGGAAGUACCGGAAAGGGUUACUUCCGGGUUUCGCCGCUUGCGCAUGCACAGAUGCUCAAAAUGAAGUCACGCGCAUGCGCAGAAGUGGUGAAUCACGACCCGCAAAUGUGCAGACACGGGUUGCGUUCUGCUCAUGUUGCAAAUGGGCCUCCAGAAUGGAUCCUGUUCGCAGCCAGAGGUAGCACUGUAAUGCUUUCCAUUACAAUCUCUUCUCUUAUAUUAUACAUUUUGGCUUUUUAGGACCAUGACUUCAUUCAAAUCUUCCUUGUGAUUUUCUAUCUUUCAUUUCAAAUUUCUGCAUUUUCACUACUUAAUAUUGCUUUCAAAUCAAAAACAUCAAAGCAUCAUAUUUUCUUAUUCCUCUCUGCAGUGAUUUUUAUACCUUUCCUUACAAAGCUUCUUGCAAUCCUACCAACGUGUUUGAUUGACUACAAUUGUCUUUCAAAUAAUUUACAAAUUUAGUCCAGUCCUUGUUGAACUUCUGGUCCCGCUGUUCUAGGAUUCUUCCCGUCAUUUUGGCCAGUUCCGCAUACUCUGUUAACUUCAGUUGCCAUUAUUCCUUUGUCGGUAAUUCCUCUUGUUUCCACUUCUGUGCUAAUAAAAUUCUUGCUGCAGUUGUUGCAUAUAGGAAAAGCUUAGUAUCUUGUCUGUUAAUGCCUGUACCACAACAAGGGGAACUUGUGGCCCUCUAGAUGUUGUUGGACUCCAACUCCCAUCAGUCCUAGCUGAUGCUGAGAAUCCAACAACAUCUGGAUAGCUUCAGGCUCCGUAUCCCUGUUUUGACGGAUGGGCUAUUUUCCUGGACUACCCUACUGUGUCAGUAGGCAGUGAUUGGCUUUGACAGGCACAGAUUAAGGCCCACGCUGUGGUAAGGGGCCCCACUGUUGACCUUCAGAGCCCUCCUCCCCUUCUGCCCUGUUCAGCCUUGCAGUUGCCACAUGUUCGCCUUCCCUCUCAGUUGAGCAAGGAGGAGCAUUGGCCUCCACUUGCCUUGCCCACUUCCUCUGUGCGCUGGUGCGGAUUAGGCCCAGUGGGAGAGAGCAAGCAAAUGGGCAACAGGGGCAGGUCUUGUUCAGCCCUCCUGCCCCCAAAUCUGGAGUCCAUCACUGGGUCACCAUAGUAAGCAAUGCCGGCACAUGGGAUGGAGCAGCCACGCUGUGCCCCAAAUAGAAAGUGGGCUUGAUAGGAGAAGCUUUUGUGUCUUGCUUGCUGCAUGGCUUCCCACGGGCUACACUGGCUUCUGCUCAAGACACUUCGGGAAUGUGAUUUACAGGCAGCCGGCUGAGGCUGAGCCAGGAUUCCUGGCUGUGUUUUCAGACUUUCCAUCUGUGCCAGACUCUCGCUCCAAACCAGAAUUUCACCUGGCCUUUUUUGGCUCUGUGUUUGCGUAAUGCAAAAUCAAUCUCUCUUUCUUUCUUUCUUUCUUUCUUUCUUUCUCUCUCUCUCUCUCUCUCACACACACACAAACACACACAAACACAAAUAAAAUAUUGCUGGGUAGUCAAUAACACUUCCUUUGCUAAUGGGGAGGCAUUUUGGCUCCCUUUGAUCUCACUUCUCUCCCCACCUGCCCCAGUUUAGGACUGAGCUUCAUGCAUCUGAUGAAGUGGAUUCUUAGUCAAUAAAUGUUUAUGCUAGGUUAGCCAACACUGGGUAGCCACAAGGUUGUUGUGGUGGUGGUUGUGGUGAAUGACUUUAAAAAAAAAAUGCUUUUACAGUACAGUAUCGAAUUUCAAAAUUAUUAACAAAUACAGAAGAGAGAAAACAAAUUUCUGAAACAAAUUCCUAGAAACUCAUUGAAAAUACAUUUAUUUUCAGUGUUAGGAACUAAUGGUGUACUUAUAUCAGGUAAGUUGUAAUACAUUUUACAGUUGUUGCUGGACUCCCAACUCCCCACAGCUAACAUAGCCAGUCGUCAAAGACGAUGAAAACUGGAGUUCACCAAUGCCCAAUGGGGGCACCACGUUGGCUACCUUUAACAAAUGUGCAAGGUUUUAAGAUGCCACAAGGGACGCGAGUGGUACUGUGGGUUAAACCACAGAGCCUAGGGCUUGCCAAUCAGAAGGUCGGUGGUUCGAAUCCCCGCAACAGGGUGAGCUUCCGUUGCUCGGUCCCUGCUCCUGCCAACCUAGCAGUUCGAAGCACGUCAAAGUGCAAGUAGAUAAAUAGGUACCACUCUAGUGGGAAGGUAAACGGCGUUUCCGUGUGCUGCUCUGGUUCGACAGAAGUGGCUUAGUCAUGCUGGUCACAUGACCCGGAAGCUGUGUGCCGCCUCCCUCAGCCAGUAAAGCGAGAUGAGCGCCGCAACCUUAGAGUUGGUCAUGACUGGACCUAAUGGCCAGGGGUCCCUUUACCUUUACCUUUAAGAUGCCACAAGAGUGCCAAGUGGCUGAAUUGGCUUGGAGUGCAGAUGUCUUAAUGCAGAGCAACCUUUGAGACUCACUGGUUAGAAGGAUAGGCUGAUGCUUCCUUCUCUUCCCUCUCUCUCAGUGAGGAUUACAAAAAGCAUUUCAGCAACCGGGACCUGCGAGCUUUCUCUGUGCGCCCCCACCUCGCCUACCCAACCCACUACACCGGUGAUGCCGAGUGGAUGAGCGACACGGAAACCUCCACCAUCUGGGACGAUGACUCACGCAAGACGGGCUGGAGCGGCUCGCAAAAGACACUGAAAGACACCCAUGGCAGCGUAGGCACUUCAGGCCACUCCUUCCGCCCGGCCUCUCGGGAUGAGCUAUAACAUCUGGCUGGUAAGUAAGGCCUGGGAAACAGCUGUGCAGCAGAUGUGGAACCGCUUGGGCAGAGCCGUAUGCUGUAGGGCAGUUGGCUGCAGGAAGCCUUUCCCAGAAGUGAUUGCUUCUCGCCCCCCCACCCCCUGCCCUGCAACUCAUCUACAGCAUGAUGGCAUUUUAUGCACAAUUAACUUGCAAACUUGCACGGUUGAAAACAGACCGGUUGAAACUGUGCAAAUUAAAUGCACACCAGGUGGAGAGCUUGAAAGCUCUUUUUGAGCAUGGAAGGAGCUGUUAAGCUGUCUGCCUUGCUUACUGGGCAGUGCCCAGUAAAUGUUUUUAUAUUACUGUACACUGCCCUGAUACCUUAUGAGUAGGCAGUAUAUAAAUACUUUUACUGCAUGACCAAAAUAAAUAAAUGAGCACCUUGCAAGGAGGCUCACCUUCAUCACUGGGUUUGUGGUCUCCUGCAGGCCUGUAUGCAGAGAUGUGUGUAUGUAACUUGCAGUUUGUUUGGAUUCUUUGUGUGUGUGCGUGUCCUCAACGUGUCAUGGAGCUAACUGGAAAGGUUCCAUCUCUGAAAAAAUAAAUAAAUCAAGAACUGUCUUUCUGGAGCCACCAAUUUUGCUGAGACAUUGGGCGCCAGUUUGCUGAAGUCCAAAGUAUUCAUUCUUGCCAAGACACUUCAGUUCUGCCAUCGUUGCUGUUUAGAUUAAGGCAGCAAAGUAAUAAUUAUCCUGGUGAGGGUUGUCAGUUGUUUGAAACUGGUUGCUACUCGUUAGAGAGCUGCUUGAAAUGCACUGAUGUAUGUAUUGAGCUCUACAUCUUCAGUUGCUCAUUUCUGCAGAUCUCUCUUAAAAAGCAGCAAGCCAGGCCUGUUGUUUGUUUUUCUGGCCAUGUCUGUGUCCUGUGAGGCUCUUUCUCCCUCCAUAUUUAUGGGGGGGGGGGGAGAGCAAAGUGGGUGGUUACCAGGGGUGGCACAUUUGAGGAGGCAGUGCCUCCCCCAAAAGUUUGGCAAAGGGCUCACCCUAACCCAAGUGAUCAAGGGGAUGGAGCAACUCAACUAUGAAGAAAGUGUUCGGGAUUUUUUAGUUUAUAGAAAAGACAAGGAAGAGGAGACAACGAUAGAAGUUUAUAGAAUUAUGCAUAGCCUGGAGAAAACCGACAGAAACAUUUUUCUCACUCUCUCAAAGCAUUGCAACUCAUGGACACCCAGUGAAUCCGAAUGUUGGAAGAUUCAGGGAAGAUAGAAGAAAGCACUUCUUCAUGCAGAACGCACGUCAAGCUGUGGAACUCCCACAGGAAGCAGCAAUGGUCAGCAACCUGGAGUGCUUUGGAUUAGACCAUUUCACGGGGGCCACUAGGGGGCGCAUUGGAAGAUGGCCGACAAUACCAUCUCUCCGACCCACACGGGGUAAUUAAGAGGCUGUUAUGGGAGUAGGCAGCCUCCCUUGUUGCCCCAAGGAAAUGGGGAACACUGCCCUUGCAUGCUGUGCCCAUAAAUUACCCCCUAAUUCGAAAGAAGGGGGUGAGGGCCCUAGGCAGAAUGCCCCCGUGUGGACCUCGGGUCUCCUGGACGCUGUCUCUGAUCGCGCACUAGCUGCAGCAAUUUGGAAUAAUUAAUUACAAAAGAAGCAAAUGCACAUAUUUCAAGUGAAGAAGUGGAGUGAAGUCUGCUAAUUUAAGUGACCUCUGCGAAAGAAGACGAUGGGUUGGAGAAACAGGAAUAUUUUACGAUGAAGAUACACCAAAGGCUGGGUAUGUUGACAACGGGACUGAAUGGGGGGGGAACCUUUUUGCUUUCCUUCUAUGUGAUUUACAAGAACCCCUCCUCACUAGAAUCGUUGGUUGAACUAACCCAAGCAGGAUGAUUAAGGUCUGUGUGGAGAUAAACUUUAACCAAAAGUAUGCUUUAUGGAGAUCGAGAAGCAAUAAGAGCUUUUGGAAUGGCGCAGCAAUUAAUUUGGAGUCGCCAUCUUGCCAAAGGAUUUAUAGCCGGGAGGAAGAACGGACUUGUUUUCAGACUGCAUUCCUGGUGAAUCUCCUAAAGAGGUUUUGAGAAAGGAGGCAGAUUGGUGAAGAUUAAUGAUGCUAAGACUGUUUUGAUGUAUGGAAGUGAUGUUAUAUGGAAAACGUCUGGAUAUGGCUACUGGAUAAAAAAAAAAAAAUCCACGCAGGAUUACAAAAUGUUCUAACCAGCUUGUGGAGACUAUCAGAGGUCACAAAGAGAAAGGAAAAUAUAUGAAAAUAACAACAAGAGAUGUGGAAAAACAAUAAGAAAGGACUGGAUAGUACUGUGAACAUCAUAAGGUUAGAUUUGUGGACAUUAAAACAGCAGUAAGAAGCAAGAAGUUGAUUGGAUCCCCUUCAGAACUUGAAAUAUGGGUACCCCCAACAAAAAUUUAAAAUUCGGCUGUGUAAUUUGGAAUUUAUGUGAAUUGGUUUGAUUUGAUGUGAUUGGUCGGUUAAUAAAAAAUUAUUCUAAAAAAGAAAGAAAGGAUUAGACCAUUUCACAGAGCAGAAGGCUAUUGACGGUUACUGGACAGGAUGGCCAUGCUCUGCCAGCAUAGUUGGAGGCAGCAAUGUUUCUGAAAACCAGUUAUUGGAAACUUCAGGGUUUUUGUUAUUGUUCCUGCUGCACUCAUGUCCAGCUUGCAGGCUCCCCAACAGAGGCAUCUGGUUGGCCACUGUAGAAACAGAAUGCUGGACUAAAUGGGCCAUUGGCCUGAUCCAGCAGGACUCUUCUUAUGUUCAGGCUCUGGAGCUGCUGCCUUGGGCUGGUCAGUGGGGAGAACUAAGUUGCCACACCAGCCAAGGGCAGGGUCCCCUAUUCAGAAAGGGAAGAUAGAGCAACUCCAGAACAGCAUCCCCCAUGUUGGAGGGCAAGGAGCCCCCUGGCAAAGCUGGUGGGAGGUGGGGCACACUCAGAACACUCCUGCUUUGUUCUGCAUCCAGGAAGCAACCUCCCCCUUUCCACUUGCCCACCUCCACUGCUUUUCUCACCACUUGUCUACUUGCCCCUAGCUGUGAAAGCAGGCUUUUCGCUCAAGACUCCCUCUGUGUGGGGCCUCAUCUUGCUAAGGAGGAUGUCUCCACCCACUGCACCUUUGCUCGUGUCCCACACACUGCAUACACUUGGUCAUGAUCCUCCUGCAGAGUCCUGUCUGCAUCUACUCAGAAGUGAACCCCUCCCAUAGCUCAGAGGGGCUUACUUCUUCCAGGUAUGUGGGCCUAUGACUGCAGUUUCCUCUAAUCAUGUAUACAGUUUAUUACUGAACGGAGUGGAAGUCGCUUCUGCUGUGGGUAGCAGAGCACACACCAUAAAUACUGCGUAUGAAUCAAAGAAGCAGACUAAUACAGUGGUACCUUGGGUUACAUAUGCUUCAGGGUACAGACGCUUCAGGUUAAAGACUCGGCUAACCCAGAAAUAGUGCUUCAGGUUAAGAACUUUGCUUCAGGAUAAGAACAGAAAUCUUUCUCUGGCGGAGCAGUGGCAGCAGGAGGCCCCAUUAGCUAAAGUGGUGCUUCAGCUUAAGAACAGUUUCAGGUUAAGAAUGGACCUCCGGAACGAAUCAAGUACUUAACCCAAGGUACCACUCUACAGAAAGCUGAAAUAUGUGUGAAUUUUGCAUUGUUUUCUCUGUCUGCCCCUAAUUUGGGUGAUUUGGAAUCAGGUUGGGUUUCUUUUUUUAUUUUAUAUUCUUCAUUGAAAAAUUAAAAAGUACAAAAGUACAAGUGCACAGAGUAAGAUAAGACACAAAGAAGAGGAAACAAGAAAUCGUAUCUAUGUAGAAAACAAAACAGAAAAGGAUAUUGUGCACAUUACAAAAAAGGGGGGCGCUUGUUAUUGUAGUUAAGGAGACUUUAAUCUAAUAUGUUUGGGUUUCUUUUUACGUUUAUACCCCACCUUUCCCUCAAGGAGUUCAAGGUGGUGUACAAGGUUCUUUCCUUUCUCUGUUUUAUCCUCACAACGCCCCUGUGAGGUAGGGCCUUGAGCUGUGACGGACUGACUGGUCCAAGGUCAGCCAGUGAGUUUCAUGGCCAAGUGCAAGGGGAGGAUUUGAACCCAGGUCUCCCAGAUCCUAGUCCAAGGAAAGAGGGAUGCAUUCUCCACAAGCCCCACCCUCUCUCCCACUUCUAUGGAUUUCUCUCUGAUUUGUGCCUUGCUUUUGUGGGAGGUUUUAGCACUAGCAGGAGCCUGACAUCUGGGCAAAGCCUGCGACCCUCUAAAGAACCUGGAAACCAGAGAAAACUCAGCAGCUGGAACAUGGCUCUGAAUCCUGCUGCCCUUAUCCUGAUUUCAGGCAGUUGGCCUCGGCUCCCAAAAGCCGCUUCCUCUGCUACUCUGGCUGACUCUUUCUCUCCUCUGGACUGCCUGUGUGUCUUGCAGAGCCUAAACAAGCAGGAGUUUCAAAAGACUCUGUCUAAGGACGUGUGCUGAGGCUCAGUGCUGCUUUUGUGAGUUCCCUGAAGCUGCUAGGACAGGAAAUCCCAAGAAACUGCUCAGAUUCCGAGGUAAACAAACAACGGCCCUGUGCUCCCUGCAGCUGGAGGUCAGGAAAGUCUGGCUUGCUUUGCUGUUAGCCAGCUGGUUCUCAGCUGUAGCCUCCCGCACCCCCACUUUUUGAAAAAGAUCCUACAUACUGGUGAUGCACAGUUCAGGGAAAGGAAAUGAAGCAGCAAAGCACUGCACUCGGAGCCCGCUUGCUGUUUCCUGUGUCAAGAAUGCAACCACAGGAUAAUGAAAACCAUGCAACGCAGGUCGCUAUAAGCUUGAUCGGUUUCCUGCAACGAAGAUAUUUCUGGGUCCCAGUUUGCAUGUGCUGGUUAAUGAUUUGCCGCAGGAAUGAGGAGCCUCAGACCCAGGAGCCAAAUCUGACCCUCCUGGCCUCUCUGUGUGUGACUGUUCACUGGCUGCACCCAUUACCAGCCUUGCUUUGGGACUUUCAUGAGUGCUUUUGCCUGGCUGGAAUAUGUCUUUGAACUCUGAUCAUGCCUCUUGGUUGCCUGGACGGAGGAUAAUGUGCAAUCUGCUCAUGUGUGCAGAAACUAGCUUAUUGCACAAAUGCAAAAAGCACAUUUGUUGUCUACUCCCCCCCUUUUUUUGGCCCUGCCCACCAGUGGCAUGCUAUGAAAGUGUCUAUUCCCCUCACAGACCUACAAUCCCCAGUGUUUCCUGUGAAGAGGGAUUGGUUGUUUAAGCCACCCUGGGAAGGGAACAGGGUAUCCCUUAUAAACUUUCAGCACGCUUAGCAAACUGCAUCUCAAAGGAAGCUGUGUUUGUUUAAAGUGGUUUCAUAGCACUUUAAAUUCAUAGCACAGUAUGAAUGUGGCCUUAAUCUAUCUUCUCUUACUAUGAUUGCUGCCAUUGGGCAGGUUUAUAUGUUGACAGUGUGUGCCUUGAAAUUCCAUGCAAAUCGCAGAGUUUUGUAAUUUGUCAAUAAUGAGAAUCUUGGCUUACUUUUAAACAGCAACGAAGGACAAGUUCCUAGCCCCUGUGCCCUGAAACCAAUCCCUGCAAAAACAGCAGCUGGUGGAAUAAGCACCUUGCUUAUCAUUGCACACACGGCCUAUGUCUCCAACUAGGGCAGCAGAUCUAUGCCAAAAUGUUUUCUUCCUGCUCUCUAUCAGUAGGUUUUACUCUAAUAACACCCAUCUCUUCCUUUUUCCCUCCCAGGUGUACCUGCUGCAGCCCAUAAGCGAGAAGACGAAUAUAGAUCAAGGAUUGGUUCCCCCCACUCACCACCUUGUAUUAGGACACUGUGUUUGCUUGAGCUGUGUUGAACAGGGAAACGAAUGCACUGUGUGCAAAACUUGCAUCAAAGACCAGUUUGUGCUCUGCCAAUGCCUCUGGAAUUUCCCUUUUUGGAUGACGGUGGAGUUUUGGGGUGCUGCAAUAUUUGUGCUCUCCUAGCAGCAAAAGCUUCCUUCACUUAUACGAUGGUUUGGAGCUGAUAUUGGCACCAGCUGGGUGCCUUUGGCUGUUUUCCUUUCUCCACAAACACGCACACGUGCACAACAGUUGCAAGAGACCUAAUUUCUGCAGCCUCCUGGGAUAUAGAUUGGUUUGUGCAGAUGUUUGCUGUCAGAACAGGCCAUUCCAACUUUUUUUUAUAAAAAAGACUGUCCAAUUUGGAUAAAUAAUCUGCACAGCGAUUGGAGUUUUCUGCACUGCCUGGCAUUGCCAUGGGGCAUGGCUGGUUUAGAGAGACAGUGUCUUCAUUGAACACCAGAGGAGGGGAGAACCUCUGGCCCUCAAGAUCUUUCUGUCAGGCCUUUGACAUCCUCCUGAAGCCACACACCCCUUGAGUCCCUUCCCUGGGUGAAAUGUGUUGUUCAGCAGGGAUAUAGUGGCUCUUGCUUACCAGGGUGGAGCAACAGGUGUGGAUGUGUAUAUGGGAAAACUUCUCAACAUUUGCAUGGUUGGAAUCUGGCUUAUGGUACAAAUGGCAGAAGUUAUACCUGAUGCUUCAGUCACUCUUGCCUCUGGCCCCCCCAGGAGGCUGCUAGUAAGUAAAUGUUUCCCCUAAGCCAUCUAGGAGACCUCAGGACUGCCUCUUUGACUUAAAACAACAACAAUUUUCACAGUAUAGCAAAAUAGAAAACACCCAUACAAUCAAGAAGAAAGAACACUUCUCUCAGAAGAGUAAGAUAACAAAGGCUAACCAAAUGUACCUCACUAUACAUAGCUGGCCAUGUCUUGCUGGAGGAUGCAUAACUGAAAACAUUUAAGAUAACUAGGGUUUUUUUAGUUGUACAUUCUUGGAUUGCAUGGGGUUAGACUAGAUGACCCUUGGGGGUACUUUCCAGCUUUAUUGUUCUGUGGUUCCAUAUUUCUUUGAAGUUGUUUUCCAUUUGUGGUCCAUUUAGUGCUCUUAAUUGUUGGGUUUGCUUUUCCAUAAGAGCUGCUGUGCAAACCUCCUGCUUCCAAACAGCCGACUGUAAAUUAUCCGAAGUUCUCCAGUUUUGAGCAAUCUGUUGUUCAGCUGCCACCAGCAGGGAUGGGAUUAGUUAGGACCUCCACGUUGGCUGACAGACUGUGUUCUGCCUGUUGACUCUGGAGUUCUUUAGUUCCAGUUCUCUCUCCACUGUCAGCUUCCGCUGACACACCAUUUCCUCAACUCUUUGUUGCAUUUCUUAAAAAGGCAAAACUAGUAAAUCAAACUGAAGAUUAAAUUGGAUCUCUUAUUUAAAUGUACAGAGCCAUAUCUUCACUGUAUUCUUGUUCCCCUCUCCAAAGCUACGGGGGAAUAUCCAUUGGCCAUAACCAGGGUAGACCCAUUGACUUCAGGAAUUUUAUUUAUUUCAUUGGGUGUCCUCUCAAUAUGACUUGGCUGGAUAUCACCCAUCAUUGCCAACUUUUUCUGCCAAUGUUCUUCUGCCCUUUAAAGCCCCUGUACAACAAACAGAGGGACGCGGGUGGCGCUGUGGGUUAAACCACAGAGGCUAGGACUUGCUGAUCAGAAGGUUGGCGGUUCGAAUCCCCGCGACGGGGUGAGCUCCCAUUGCUCAGUCCCUGCUCCUGCCAACCUAGCAGUUCGAAAGCACGUCAAAGUGCAAGUAGAUAAAUAGCUACCGCUCCAGCGGGAAGGUAAACGGCGUUUCCGUGCGCUGCUCUGGUUCGCCAGAAGCGGCUUAGUCAUGCUGGCCACAUGACCCGGAAGCUGUACGCCGGCUCCCUCGGCCAAUAAAGCGAGAUGAGCGCCGCAACCCCAGAGUUGGCCAUGACUGGACCUAAUGGUCAGGGGUCCCUUUACCUUUACAACAAACAGAAGUCCGGCCUAUGAUGUUUUCUCCACCAGCAUGUCUCCAUGCUGGGCAGGGAGGGGACUUCACCAGCUGAAUAUAAGUUUGUACAGGUGUUAACAGCACAAGGCCCUGUGCGGGAGGGAAAUCUGGCAACCUUGAACAUUUAGGGUACAUGCUAACCUGGAGCAUUUGCACUUCAGCCGUUGUGGGUUCUAAUGGUCAGGAAUCUAGCAUGUAAAACUAAUGAUGUGAUGAGAAAAUUGUAGCUGUGCUAUGGGGCGGGGGAGGGGGGCGGGAUUACAAUAAAUGCAUAAAGAAAUUUGCAUUCUUAUUUUGCCUUGGUUAUUUUAGUUAUUUUUAAAUAUUGAUGAAAUUGCACAUGAGUUGAAGGAGCAAUAGACAGAGGCCUCUGCUCAAUGCUCAAAUCCUACAUCAGUGCUUUUAAGUCAGAUUAAAAGAAGCUGCUUUUAUACCUGGCCAGAAAAGUGAUAAAUUUUGCGUUCUAUAGGUCUUGUGACAAAACCAUAAGCACAGACAAUAAUAAAAUAAAAAAACAAAGCCUCUACUUGAACAAAUGGGACCAUGUAAUGCAAGCGGGAGUAUAAAUGAGAAGCCUCCAUGACUACAUGCAGUAUAUUUAAAUUUACUGCUGUUUUGUCUAGUUAUUUCUUCCUAAUCUUCCUUGCCACCAGAGCAAAAAGGGCCGCUUUGUCAGUCACAACGGUGUUAGAGUCACUCAACCACCUCAGAACCCUCUCUGCCAAGGGGAGGCUGCUUUCUUGAACAAACGGGGUUUAGAAAGCACCUCCUAGGCUCUGUUUGUAAUGGACAAUAUAACAAAUAAUGAAGACUAUAUUCUACCUGUGGUUGCCCACAUGGCUAGAAACUUGCACAACCUUAAGUACCUGGUGGUGGGUGGCAGCAGCACAGGGUAGGCAGCCCCCCCCCCCGCAUUUUAACAUCCUAGAAUGUCCUAGAGCAACACUGAAUGAGCCCAGCCAUGCCCAGAAAUGCUGCGAGGGUGGACCUGGGGCCUUGACGCAUGCAGCUGGGCAUCCUGCUUCUUAUAACAAAGGCGGCAUUUUUUCAUCUCCGCCAAGCUAAGCAGUUGGCUCCUUACCUCUCUCGCCCUAACCUAGCCACUGUGAUCCAUGCAACAGUCACCUCCAGGCUUGAUUAUUGCAAUUCGCUCUACGCAGGGCUGCCCUUGAGACUGAACCAGAAACUCCAGCGGGUGCAGAAUGCUGUGGCGAGACUCCUUACGGCGUCCUCACCGUGGGAUCACAUUCACCUGGUGCUAUACCAGCUGCAUUGGCUCCCAGUGGAGUUUAAGGUUUAAGAUGCUGGUUUUAACCUUUAAAGCCCUACACGGCCUAGGACCCUCAUACCUACGGGACCACCUCUCCUGGUAUGCCCCGCAGAGGACCUUAAGGUCCACAAAUAACAACACUUUGGAGGUCCUGAGCCUCAAGGAGGUUAGAUUGGUUUCAACUAGGGCCGGGGCCUUUUCAGCACUGGCCCUGAUCUGGUGGAACGCUCUGUCACAAGAGUCUAGGGCCCUGUGGGACUUGACGUCUUUCUGCAGGGCCUACAAGACAGAGCUGUUCCACCAGGUCUUUAGCCAAGGCACAGGCUGACCCCCUCCUUCGGUAAUGCUCACAGAACUCUAGCCCAAUGGUUGCCAUUAAUUUGAUUUUGAAUUGAUUUUAGAAUGCUGUGUUACUUUUAUUGUUGUUAGCCGCUCUGAGCCCGGCUUCAGCUAGGGAGGGUGGGAUAGAAAUAAACUAUUAUUGUUGUUGUUGUUGUUGUUGUUGUUGUUGUUGUUGUUAAGUGAUAAUUCCUUCCCACAGUGGGAACCAGGCCCUUGUCCACAGACUUCAUGGUAAAGGAGAAUCGAACCCUUGUUUUUUGUUUAAUAUUUUUAUUAAAGUUUUCUUGGUUUACAAAGGU